ACUGUUGUGCAGGUGGAUUCUUUGGGAGUUCUUUUUACUAGAACAACUACUAUGUGUAAUAAUAAUUUGGCUGAAAAAUAUUCGGUAAAAGGGUCUGCCUUGCCCCAAAACAUUGCUAUUGGCUAGUUACUAUCUAUAAAAUUAUCCUUUUAACCAAAAAAAAAAAAAAAUAGAACAAUAUUAAUAGACGUAGUAGGUGAAAAUUAAGGAAAAUAUUGGCCAAAAUCUAGGAAAUUAGAUAAAUAGGAUUUCUGGUCCAGUAGAAAGCCACCUCACCAGGCCAUAUAUAUAUAUAUAUAUGAGCAAUAAAUCAUUUGCUUUUCAAUUAUGUAUAAUCUCAUUUCCCCCCUUCUAUAGUAGGCAUUCACAUUCUCAUUAUCAAAUCCAUCCAUUAAUUUUGCGUUUUCUUUUUGGGAAGAAAUUGAAAUUCGCGCAUCCAAACUUCUUGCCACUUUUGGACUUAUAUAUUUAGCAAACAAAACAAAAUCUAGUACAAUGUAUAGAACAUAAUAUAUGCCUCCUCUACCAAAAUAAGAUCUUCUCGAACACGAAGAACCAAUGAAAAUCCAAUAAAAUAUCAAGUUAGUUGUCGUAAAUGCUUCUAUGGAUUAGUCUCCCAUUAAAUACGUUAAUGAUUCAUCAGUUUGAAUUUACACCCAUCCACUAUCAUAAUUACUUACUUCAAAGGAUUUCCCUUAAUUAAUUACUCCAUCAGUUUCAUGUUAGUUACUCGUGAUCAGUUUAUGUUCCUUUUUAAUUAAUAUAAUGAGUAAAUAUUAUUCUCUAUGUAUCCAGGAUUUGAAUUUUUUCAAUCUUCUUAAUUACUAGUACCUCGGAAGUAAGUUACAAGUUCAUUAAAAUUGCAAUAUUUAUAGGUCAUGAAAUCUUCACAUACCAUUACCAAAGAAUUUACUAUGUCAAGAGGAAACACAAAAACUAACGUUGUUCUAAUUUGCUUCAUUUCACUUGUUGUAUUUUCAUGUUUUGUCGAUUUUGCUAACGCCGCAAAGUACAUAAAAUUUCCACCACUUCUAAAUGUUGGGACCGAAGAACAAAAAAGAUUCCAGCAAAUCCUUAUACCAGAGCUCUGCAACGACAAGAAAUAUAUAAAGUUUCCACCAAAUCUACAUGUUGGAGAUGAAAAAACAAAAACUCCAGCUAACCAUUAUCACAGAGGCUGCAGUUAUAUAACUCGUUGCCGCAAAGAACUCCCCUAA